UAUGAUUUGUUCCUUUUGUUCUUCUGGGCAGCCCUAGUCCAGUCCCUCCCCUGACCGGCUGCUGACUGAACUGUUCUGCUCGUCUGUUGCAUUUCAUACCCUCCUGCAAAGUCUUCAUCAUCUCAUUGCUUGGCAUCUGAGCAAAGACAAGCAAACAUGGACCACAGGCUCCUCCUGGCACCUCUAGCACUGUCAGGAUGCUGCGACUGCUGCUGAUGCAUUUGAGACACAGACUUCUCAGUCUGUGCACCUGAGGCAGGAAGAGGUGCUGACAUGCCCCCAGCAGUGGCACAUAGGGGCUGACAUCAGCCAGCAGCAGAGAAGCUUUCAGUGGGGGAGUAUCCUGGCAGACAAUGGACAGACUGCACCCCUCUAUGAGGAAGCGUCUGUACAGCCUCCCUCAGCACAUCGGAUCCAAAGCAUCUAUAAUGGACGAAGAGGAAGGUGAAGAGAGAGACACCUGGAAAAAGAGCAUUAAGCUGAAACCAUUGCCCUCACCUUCUGCGCUUAAGAUUCUUGACCCACGACCUGGAGCAAAGGAUACCCAUCUAGUUAUGGAAACUGAAGUAGGAAAAUCCCAAAGAACAAGUAGCAAUGGAGACUGCAGGAGAUUUACAGGUAGUCUCUCCUCCAUUGCCAGCUGUGGCCGGCACCUUCAUGAUUCAGACCCUAGUGAAGGGAGAAGGCUUAUAUCAGAAGGGGACCUUAGCCCUACUGAUGAGAAGUCUCCUACCAUGGACACUUCAGGAGAAACAAGUGCAGGCCGUUCUCAAGCAGCUCAUCCAGCGUCCCAACCUCAGAGCGCUGACCAGCACAGUACUUCUGUAAAGGUUGAAGGAAGAGAACAGACUUUAUCUGGAGGGGAUGAGGAACAGAGUAGUUUUAUGCACAGGCAGUUUGGGGCGCUUCUACAACCUGGGGUGAACAAAUUUUCCUUGCGGAUGUUUGGCAGUCAGAAAGCUGUGGAAAGGGAGCAAGAUCGGGUGAAGUCUGCUGGAUUUUGGAUUAUUCACCCAUAUAGCGACUUCAGGUUUUACUGGGACCUCACUAUGUUACUACUGAUGGUGGGAAAUCUCAUUAUUAUUCCAGUGGGUAUCACUUUCUUUAAGGAGGAGAACACCCCAGCUUGGAUUGUGUUUAAUGUUGUCUCUGACACCUUUUUCCUUGUGGAUCUAGUACUGAAUUUUCGAACAGGCAUAGUAGUAGAGGACAAUACAGAAAUUAUCCUCGAUCCACAACGCAUCAAGAUUCGUUAUUUAAAAAGUUGGUUCCUUGUGGACUUUGUAUCCUCCAUCCCUGUGGACUAUAUAUUUCUUAUUGUAGAAACACGUAUUGACUCAGAGGUUUAUAAGACUGCCAGGGCCUUACGAAUUGUCCGUUUCACUAAAGUGCUGAGUUUGCUGCGACUCCUAAGACUUUCCAGGCUCAUUCGGUAUAUUCAUCAGUGGGAGGAGAUUUUCCACAUGACUUAUGACCUGGCAAGUGCUGUGGUACGCAUUGUUAAUCUGAUUGGCAUGAUGUUGCUGCUUUGCCACUGGGAUGGCUGCUUGCAGUUUUUAGUGCCCAUGUUGCAAGAUUUUCCUGACAACUGCUGGGUGUCACUGAACCACAUGCAGAAUGCUUCAUGGGGAAAGCAGUACUCCCAUGCCAUUUUCAAAGCCAUGAGUCACAUGUUGUGCAUUGGGUAUGGUCAGCAGGCACCAGUGGGAAUGUCGGAUGUGUGGCUUACUAUGCUAAGCAUGAUUGUUGGUGCCACUUGCUAUGCCAUGUUUAUUGGCCAUGCCACUGCGCUUAUUCAGUCUCUAGAUUCAUCACGGCGGCAGUAUCAAGAAAAGUACAAACAGGUGGAACAGUACAUGUCAUUUCACAAGCUACCGGCUGAUAUGCGUCAGAGGAUCCAUGAUUAUUAUGAGCAUCGCUAUCAAGGAAAGAUGUUUGAUGAGGAGAGUAUCCUUGGGGAGCUAAGUGAGCCUCUACGGGAGGAGAUCAUCAACUUCAACUGUCGCAAACUAGUGGCUACCAUGCCAUUAUUUGCCAAUGCGGACCCCAACUUUGUGACAUCAAUGCUUACAAAGCUAAGAUUUGAGGUUUUUCAGCCAGGAGACUACCUUAUCAGAGAGGGAACAGUUGGCAAGAAAAUGUUCUUUAUACAGCAUGGGGUUGUUAGUAUAUUAAGCAAAGGCAGUAAAGAGACCAAACUUGCUGAUGGAUCUUACUUUGGAGAGAUUUGUUUGCUGACACGAGGACGAAGAACUGCAAGUGUCAGAGCAGACACUUAUUGUCGACUGUACUCUCUAAGUGUGGACCAUUUCAAUGAGGUUCUAGAGGAGUACCCAAUGAUGAGACGGGCAUUUGAGAGUGUGGCACUAGACCGUUUGGACCGAAUUGGCAAAAAGAACUCUAUCCUUCUGCAUAAAGUCCAGCAUGACCUUCGGUCCGGGGUUCUGAAUUACCAGGAGAAUGAAAUUAUUCAGCAGAUUGUUCAGCAUGACCGUGAAAUGGCGCAAGGGCCACGCCUUUCCCAGUUUGAAGGAGACUCUGUGCCAACUCCUGUAAUAUGGACACCACUAAUCCAGGCCCCUUUACAGGCUGCAGCAGCUACCACAUCAGUUGCUAUAUCUUUAACUCACCAGCGUCUGCCAGCUAACAUCUUCCGACCUUCAACCUCUGCAUUGGGUGUAUCAGCACGUGGAUUCCAUCAUCUGCAGAGACAGCCUUUUUCAUCACAUCUAGCAGCAGAUGGAUCACUAAACCAGCAAUCUUCUUUUCAUGUACACCAACUAGCAGGCUAUUCAGCUGCAGCCUGCGUAAGUCCAAGACCACUCUUUACUGUGCCCUGUUUUGAAAAGGGUGCUACACAGCAGCAGCACCCCAGCUCCUCCACUGCAGCUGCUUUUGACACCUCACAGUGGUCUCCAGGAGCAGGUUCUUCAUUAAGUCAAUCAAGACCAUCUGAUCAGCAGCUCCCGGCUGUCUCUUCUGGACAAUGUCAAGGCCCAAAAGCCAAUUCACCAGGUCCCCCUUUACCUGGAGCUUCAGAGCCACUAUGGGUAUUACCACCUCCAUUACAGAGACUGGACUCUCCUAGUAGUUCACCCUCAGCACUCAGUCCAGGCCCCCUUCGAACCACUCAAGUGUGUGGUUCUUCACGGUCGCUUCUCCUUCCUCAAACCGCUCCUAUUUCCUCCCACCCUAGCAGUUGCAUAUCUCUACCACUAAGCAGACUCAGGCAAGAUGGUCGACCAAUCUCUGUGUCCCAACCCUCCCUUCCUCAGCCGGCACCAGGCUCACCCCAUUUUCCGCAGCAAUUUACUCCUGACUUUACCUUAUUUCCCAGAGCAGGAAGCUCAGAUCUAACAGGUCACUCCACUUUGCCACAGAAAGGGUCCUCGGAAUUUGUGUUCAAAUCAAGUGGUGCUAGUGGAGAGGAACUGCCUUUCCACUCUAAAUUAUCUAGUAACCUAUGACCUUCUUCAUUGCUAGA